AUGGAGCUAACUGCAGGCCUAUAUACUACUUCCAGCUUUGACCCAUGUUAUCAAUACAACACUCUGAAUAAUUUUUGGCGAACUAUAAGACCAAUGUACUACAAUGACCGUGAUGACACACUACUUGAAUGGAGCGGCUGGUAUCGGCUGUAUCUGAGUGGACAAAGUGCCCAGAUGUCUGAGUGGUGUGUGACUGAUAUGAGCUGUGGUGGUUACACUGGACUGUAUCUCAACGGUUCUCAUCCAACACUUGAGGAUGGGGUGGUGACCCGGGAUGUUUUGGGAAGUCGUAUACAGUAUAACCAGUGUGGAAAAUACAGAUCCACGUCCAUCCAAGUCAAAGCCUGUCCAGGAGAUUAUUACGUCUAUGAACUCGUCAGGCCAGAUCUGUCGAUUCCCAGACCUUCAUACUGUGCAGUUGCUUUCCCAAGCAUCAGCAGUGACCCCUGCUACAACUAUGAGUCUCUGGAUCGCCCCUGGAGAGGCAACAAUUUAACUGGGGAUUACAUUUGUGAUGAAACUUUCUCCUGGAGUGGCUGGUGGGAUGAUCUGUGGCUUCUAGAUUUGAUGAUCUAUGGCUUCUUUGCAAGGUCCUAG